CCCAGCAUGCCCCGCUCCGUGGCCCUUUAAGCCGUGGGCGUUGCCAUGGAGCGGUUUCCUGGAGACGGUGACGGGACGUCCCGGGCGGACGGAAAGUGACGGAGUUGCGGAAGUUGGGUCCGAGCCGCCAUGGGGGGGUCGGCCAGUCAGCUGCCGCGGGACCUGCUCGGCGAGUACCAGGAGCUGACCUUCCUGACCAAGCAGGAGAUCUUGCUUGCCCACAAGAGAUUCAGGGAGCUGCUGUCAAAGGAGGAGAGAGAGAGUAUCCUGCAGAAAAGAGUCCCCAAGAGCAAGAUCCUCACACUACCUGAACUGAAGGCAAACCCGUUCCAGGACCGGAUCUGCCGGGUCUUCUCCACCUCAGAGGAUGGGGAUGGCAGCAUGUCCUUUGAAGACUUCCUUGACAUGCUGAGCGUCUUCAGCGACUCAGCCACUUCGGAGAUCAAAUCCCACUACGCCUUCCGCAUCUUCGAUUUUGACGAUGAUGGGACCCUGGACAGGAAGGACCUGGAGAAGCUGGUGAACUGCCUGACAGGGGAAGGAGAUGAGACUAGGCUGAGUGAGUCAGAGAUGGACCAGCUCAUCCAGAACAUCCUGGAGGAGUCCGAUAUUGACAAGGAUGGGACCAUUAACCUCUCUGAGUUCCAGCAUGUCAUUUCUCGAUCACCAGACUUUGCCAGUUCCUUCAAGAUCGUGCUGUGAUGGCGCCACGUCCCUUCAAUCGGAGGUGUCCUGUGGCUGGCUGUCCCUUCCUAGCCGGCUGUGCGGCUCUGCACCAUCUCUGCGCAGUGGCUGGAUCCUUCCCCUUCUGGCAAACAGAUGCAAUAAUAUUGGUGACUCCAGGAUCGUGCUAGGAGUCCAGUGUCUAGGAGCACUCCUUCCAUAGUGCCUUAUGCAGGGCUCCACGGGGCAAGGCCUCUCCUGCCCAGUAUGCUGUGCCUUCUGUGCUCUUCUUGGUCUGCAGGCUCCUUAAUGCAGCUGCCUUGUGCUUCCAACAAACGCCUGGCCCACGGAGACUACAGGUCCCAGCCUGUCAAGCCAUACUGGAUCAGAGCAGAGGCUGCUGGGAUCUCUAGUCUCCAUGGGCUAUAUUUUCAUGGGCUUACUCCUAUGCAAACCAGGUGCAGUCCUCUUGGCCUGCCCUGGACAUCCUGAGCUGGAGAGGGGAACUCCUGCUGGGGCCUGGUGAUAAUCCAGGGCUCACCCUCCCAAGCCUCUUUGUGCCUUCCACGAGCAAACUGGCAGCUAGGACUCCGGCAAGAGCCCCUGAGGGUGCAGCAGGCCUGGCUGGCUCCGAGGGGUCAGGCAAAGGGAUGCAGCACACGGGGCUGGUUUGACUAUGCAAUAGUGUAACAGGCACCUUACAAUGCUGCAGCCCAGCAGCUCGGGCCAGGGUGUUUCUGUAACUUCCCAACUCCCUCUCGUUGGCCCACGCGCAGCUUUCUACUCAGCCAGAGUCUGCGGGGGGGAGGUCCUGGGGGGCCUGGCACAGGCCCCAGCGUUCACAGGGCUGGCAGCGGGCAGGGCCACAGCUGAGAACUGACUUGUAAAGCUUCCGCCUGUGCUGCUCCCAAUCUGCCCUGCCCUGGGAGUCAGUGUCUGCUGGUGCUGUACCUCCCUUCCCGAAGCAGCCGCUGAUUCCUGUUGUCAGGCCCCCUGGCCCUGGGUCCUUCCCCUGCUAGGCAGCUGCUGCAGGCCAGGGGAAGGCAAUGGCCCUCAGGCAGAACGCUCCACUCUGCGGUCCCCCCCCUGCCUGCUGCUGCCUGACACAGUGCUAGUGCCUGGCUGGGGAGCAAAGACUCGGUGUUUUUUCUUUUCUUUCUACCCUUUCUUACACGUGGUAAAGCAGCUGGCGUGCCCGUGCUGGGCGCUCCCCCACUGUGGGACGGAGGGCCUGCAGUACUCUGCACGGGGCGGGGGGCUGCUCAGCCAUGUAGGGAGAAUGAAUAAAGAGUUGGAGUCUUA